AUGAGGCAAAGUCGAAUCAGCAAACACUCGUUAUUGAUUAUUGUUUGUCUUCUAAGCUCAAAUUUUACGCAAGCAAACACUAUCUUCGAGCGGGCAACAUGUCCUCAAGCGGGCUAUGUACAAUGUGCAAAUACUGGGUUACCAUCAGACUUUUGUUGCCCUUCUACUUCGACUUGUAUAGCUUUAGCACAAAACACCACCUUAUUGUGUUGUCCUAGUGGAAGUGAUUGUAGCACUAUCCAGCCUAUUACUUGCGACAUCACUCAACAAAAUAUCACUUCACAUCCUGAAAAUACACUCAAAACUACAGCUCUGACAGCAACUUUGGAAAAAUGUGGAAGUAACUGCUGUCCAUUUGGUUACACGUGCGUAAAUGGCAACUGUCAGAUGAACGCCGAUCAAGCAGAUUCCGUUCCAGGUCAACAACAGAGUUCUGCGGUGAGUAGCGGAACAUCACCUGUAACCACGAGCUCAGGUUCACAAGUAACUGCUGCUCCGGGCAAUCCCUCGUCCGCUAACCCAUCAUCUACUUCAACUCCAUCUUCAACCGGCACACCUAUAACUAUCAUCCCAGAAACAUGCGACAAAUACCCUGUUGUUGCAAUCCUCAUAGGUCUAUUUCCAGGUAUCGCCAUAGGAGCCAUUCUUGCGCUUCUCACUGUAUGCUGUCUCGGUCGCCGUAAACAUUCCCAACGCAAAAGCGGUUCCUCCUUCGGAAACAUCUCCGACCCUGUACCCACCAGCGACGUGCGUACCGAUUUCCUGCGCAAAAUGCCUCAAACACCUUCUACAUCCGCAGAUGGUACUCCUCGAAGAAAUAAAACCAUUACACGUGUUCAAUCCUUAUUUCGAAAAUCCACCGCUACAGGAAUGUCCAAUAGUCCUGGCAUAGCUUAUCAAAAUAGUCCACCCCCAGCAUUACCAAUCCCACUCAACAUACAAAGAAAAAAACAAACAAACGUACCCAAUCGACCCAUUACUCCUCCUCUACAACGCGAACCGAGUUAUGAAGAUAUAAAUAUCUUUACAGAUGCCGAUACAGCGAGUUCUUUUCGACAAGUAAGAGAACAACAAAAUCAGAAUCAGAAUCAAAGUGUAAAUCAUCUCGGUUUACCACCAACAUUUGGAGUGGAAGGACAAAGAGGAGGAAGUCACAACACUACAUUCACGGACAUGAUGGAGAGGAGUGGAUUAGCUGGAUUACAGAAGGGUCAACGUACGUAUCAACUUCUUGAAGACAAUUUGAUGAAACAAGAGGGACGGAAAAAUAGGGACGAUAGAUGA